GGCCAUGUGAGAGCAUUUGGAGAGGGAGAGCGGACUCCCCCCACUCUCAGCCGUACCAGGACAUUUGGGGGCAAACCAACUAUGCACUCUUCAGAUAACCUCACAGUGACUAUCCCCCAGGUGAUUACUAUUCAGUCUAUUAUUAUUAUAUUUGUGUGUUUGUCGCUUUUCUUCAUAUUAGAUUGUUAUUUAUGAAGGAUGUCUUAAAAUUAGAAUACACAUCUUAAAUAUAAGCAUUACUAUGUUCUUUCCCUUUUUUCUUUUCUCUGUUUUGUAUCUAACGUAAAAAUUAAAAAAACAUGUUAUUUCAAUGAAAUGAAUACCAUUUAUUAUGUAUAUAUCCUGAAUCUAGAAUUCCAAUGAAGAUUGAAUUACUUUCCAUUGAAAUUUCAAUGAUAAUCAUUAUACUUAAUUUAUAUAAAAUAAAUUAUAGAAAGCGAAAACCUGGUAUAGAAUUGAGAACAGUUUUUCGAUUUUUAUAUUUUAAUAAUAAUGAUAAUCUGCAUUUUUAUUUGAUAUUAUAUGUAUGUUUCGAAUAGGUCAAGAUGAAUUUGGUUGGGCAAUGUACUUGAAUUCUAAACGUUCAUGGUUUCUUCAUCGAGGUGAACAUAGAGAUCGUACAGAUGGAGGUAUUAAAAUAAUACAACAAGAAAUAAAUGAUAAAAAUAGUACACAGAAUACAUCCUUAAUAACAACUAUAAUUGGUGUACGAUUUGAUUGUGAACGAGGUCAUUUAGCUUUUUAUUUAAAUGGUGAACCACAUGGUCCUAUAGCUUUUACAAAUUUAAAUAUAAAACAAGGUGAUAAAUCAAAUCAAGAUGGAGACAAUACAAAAAAAUUAAAUAUAUUCUAUCCUGCAAUCAGUUUAAGUCAUUAUACACGUGUUCGAUUAGUAUCCGGUCUAGAGGUACCAAGUGAAAGUGAAGAUUCAAGUGAUUCUUCCGAAGCAGAAUAUGAUUUAUCCUUAUCAACUCCUCAGUUCCAUUUCAACUCUACAGGUUCCAAGCAUUAUCCCAUUGACCAUAAUGAUAACAAUAAUAAUAGUACUAAUAAUGAAUCUGAAAAUAAGAACAUUGUGAUUCAUCCGUUACCUACCUGUUUAGUUCGUUCAACAACUGCGCCAUGUAUUAGAAAACCUUCAAGUCCUGAUACAUUACUGAGACUACCCAAGAAAUCAACUGUAUUACCGAAACUCAUUACAUUCAGUCGCAGUUAGCAUGAAUAGACAGUAUGUUCCAAACAAGUUCCUUUUCUUCAAGAAGAUAUCCGAGAUCAAUUAUUUAUAUUUCAAAAAGGAUUUUCAGCAUAUUUAACAUACAUUUACUUGUUCAUAUA